CAUUUUACUCUCAGAGAGAGGCUGGGCGCGAGAUAGCGACAGAUACCGAAAUACCGAGGGAGAGAAAGAGAGAGAGAGGGAGGCGAGAGACACAGAAAGAGAGGGGGAGAGAGAGGGAGGUGUGCAGCCUCCUCUUUUUCUCUCCGUUCUCUCCUUUUCGUUCCUGACCGGACGUUACGUAGGCUAUCUCUCGCGCACACACCGCGCGCAUCUGCGGGGCUCGGACCUGCGGACGAGAGAAACGGAAGCCGGGGACCGAGCGCGAGCGGCACGGAGCCCGACCAUGAUGAAGAUGAUGUUGGUGAGUGGAGGUUCUAUCGUUAACGCAGAGGCGGUAUGGGAUCAUGUGACCAUGGCGGACCGCGAGCUGGCCUUUAAGGCCGGUGAUGUCAUCAAAGUGCUGGACUCGUCCAACAGGGACUGGUGGUGGGGGCAGAUCGACGAUGAGGAGGGCUGGUUUCCUGCCAGCUUUGUUCGGGUGGACCCGAACUCCACCCAGCCUCCGCCCAAGCAGCAGCUUUUAUACAUCAACCCGGUCGUGGCUCCGCUGAAGCUAUGGGCGAAUCAGGAGGAGACGGUGUUAGUGGACCCAGCAGAAGGCGGUAGCGAGGUUCAGAAUGGUCACGCUGAGGCUAGUCCAAACCCGAGCAGUGACUGUGUGUGUUUGAGCCAGACAGCGCAGAACCGAGACCAGAUGAGGGCCAACGUCAUCAAUGAGAUCAUGAGCACAGAGAGACACUACAUCAAACACCUAAAGGACAUCUGUGAGGGUUAUCUGAAGCAGUGCAAAAAGAGGAGAGACAUGUUUAAUGAUGACCAGCUGAAGGUGAUCUUCGGGAACAUUGAGGACAUUUACAGGUUCCAGCUCGGCUUUGUUAGAGAUCUGGAGAAACAGUUCAACACCGAAGAACCUCACCUGAGUGAGAUCGGACCCUGCUUCCUUGAGCAUCAAGACGGAUUCUGGAUCUACUCGGAGUACUGUAAUAACCAUGUCGAUGCGUGUAUGGAGCUCACACGUCUCAUGAGAGAUAGCCGGUACCAGAACUUCUUCGAAGCAUGCCGAUUGGUCCAGCAGAUGAUAGACAUCGCCAUCGAUGGCUUCUUGCUAACUCCAGUCCAGAAGAUCUGCAAAUAUCCUCUACAGUUAGCAGAACUGUUGAAAUACACUGUACAGGAGCACAGUGAUUACCGGUACGUUGCUGCAGCGUUGGCUGUUAUGAGAAAUGUAACUCAGCAGAUUAACGAAAGGAAACGAAGACUGGAGAACAUCGACAAAAUCGCUCAGUGGCAGGCAUCUGUACUGGACUGGGAGGGUGAGGAUGUCCUGGAUAGGAGCUCUGAGCUGGUGUACACUGGAGAGCUGUCCUGGAUCUACCAGCCUUAUGGGAGGAGCCAAACACGCGUCUUCUUCCUGUUUGACCAUCAGAUGGUCAUCUGUAAGAAGGACCUGAUCCGGAGAGAUAUUCUGUACUAUAAAGGGCGGAUCGAUAUGGACCGCUACGAGGUUCUGGACGCUAUCGACGGCAGAGAUGACGAUUUUAACGUCAGCGUGAAAAACGCCUUCAAACUCAGCAACAAAGACUCGGACGAAAUCCACAUUUUUCUGGCCAAGAAGCUGGAGGAGAAAAUCCGCUGGCUCCGAGCGUUUCAGGAAGAACGCAAGAUGGUGCAGGAGGACGAGAAGAUCGGGUUUGAGAUCUCAGAGUAUCAGAAGCGACAGGCGGCUCUGACGGUCAGGAGAGUAACCAAACAGAAAGGUGUGGGACGGUCGGCCCCGCCCUCCUACCCUCCCCCGCUGGACCCCGUGAACCCGGGUCACUUCCUCCUCCCAGACGGAUACGAGUACGAACCCAAACGCAGCACGUCACCUUUCUGGCACAACAUCAGCCGCUUAGCGCCCUUUAAGAAAUAGCCACCGAGCGAUCUUUCAAACGAGCAAAACCACCAACGAACAAACAAAACACUCUCUGACGAAAUGAAACAGAAGAAGCACUA